AAGCAAGGGAACUUUUUUUUGGUUAUCAAAAGCUUAAAAACCCAGUACUGAAAAGUACAUAUUAAGUGUUCGAUAAAUUGUCUAAGAGAACUUUAAAUUACAGUAUAUGGAGGAGGAAAGUACUCUAGUACGAGCAGAUGAUUCAAAACCCGCGGGUGAAAUCAAACUUGAAUCGUAUAGUCUUUACUUCAAGGGUUUGGUUAGCGAGGAAACCGCGGAGUUAUUGACGGGAUUUGGAGUUGCGAUUUGCGACAAAGAUGAUAAUCUCUUGUUUCAGAUGAAAGAACAAGUUCAUAACUCUAGGGUUUCACUUCUGGAGGUUGAGCUUAUGGCAUUGAAGCGUGGACUAACCGAAGCUGUGGGUUUAGGGAUUGAUCAUAAAUUAAUUUACUGCGAUCAUUAUCGGAUUUUUGAAUUGGUCAUGGAGAGAUCUGCCUCUGAGCAAGAGAACAUCGCUUUGCUAAUGGAUGAUAUGUUUUCUGUUGCUUUAUGCGGUCAUGAAUUCUGUGUGGAGUGCGUGAAACAACAUAUAGAAGUGAGGCUACUCGCGGGAGGUGUACCGAGAUGUCCUCAUUAUCAAUGCGAGACUAAACUUACUCUUGGAAGCUGUGUCAAUCUUUUGACAUCUAAACUAAAAGCAAUGUGGGAACGAAUAAUCGACGAGGAAUCGAUUCAUGUGGCGGACAGAGUUUAUUGUCCAAACCCGAGGUGCUCGGCCUUAAUGUCGGUAACCAAGCUCUCAAACUCUACUAAAGAAGAUGUAACUAUGAGAAGCUGCUUCAAAUGCGGUGAACCCUUGUGUAUCAAAUGCAAAGUUCCGUGGCAUAGCAACUUGUCGUGCAACGAUUACAAGAGAUUGGGUCCAAAUCCUACAGCAGAUGAUAUAAAGAUGAAAGCUCUAGCAAAUAAGAAAAUGUGGCGUCAAUGUGAAAAUUGCCAACACAUAAUCGAACGAUCAGAAGGAUGCAUACAUAUUAUUUGCAGGUUUAUUGCUUUCGACGUUUCCAUUGAGCAUGAAGAAGAGCUGGAGAAAAGUAUAGGUGAUCAACAACAUCGUGGUACUUAUCGUUCUCCUUAAUCGCUUCUGAGCCGGCAAGUGAAGCGAGGAUGACAAAAUCAUAUCUUAGUCAUUUCCACAUUUGAUUAAAGUUAAGUUACGGUUCAUUAUAUGACAAUCUGAUGAGACAUAAAAGAUGAAAGCUUUGAUUUUUGAUAAAAUUUGAACUUUUAU